UGCUGAAUGGACUUGCCUCCGGGGCUGUGCCGUCAGUGCGGCUGCGCGCGAGCCGGGUGCCGCGGUACUUAAGUUGGCUGCACACACUGUCAGAGGUAGCCAUGAGGAGAGCAGAUCCCGAGCAGCCCGCUAAGCGGCCUCGCUGCGACAGCAGCCCAAGAACGCCACAGAGAACCCCUCCUGCAGCGGCCAGCGCGUCUCCCGGCUCCGAGCUCCACAUCGACCUCCAGACCUGGGAAGUGGAGGACGUGUGCUCCUACCUAAAGGGAUGCGGCUUCCAAGACAAGAAAGUGCUGGACAGCUUCAAAGAAAAUGAAAUCACUGGUCCAUUUUUGCCCUUUCUCGAUGAGUCACGUCUUGAAAAACUUGGAGUAAGUUCCUUGGAGGAGAGGAAGAACAUGAUUGCAUGUAUCCAAGAACUGAGUCAAUCUCAAGUAGAGCUAAUGAAGGUAUUUAAUGAUCCUAUUCAUGGCCAUAUUGAGUUCCACCCUCUCCUUAUCCGAAUCAUUGACACACCUCAGUUUCAGCGGCUUCGAUACAUCAAACAGCUGGGAGGCGGCUACUAUGUUUUCCCAGGAGCUUCACACAAUCGCUUUGAACACAGUCUAGGGGUUGGGUACCUAGCAGGCUACCUCGUUCGAACACUUGCAGAAAAACAGCCAGAGCUAAAGAUCAGUGAGCGAGAUAUGCUCUGUGUUCAGAUUGCCGGACUCUGCCAUGACCUUGGUCAUGGGCCAUUUUCUCAUAUGUUUGAUGGAAGAUUUAUCCCAUCUGCUCGCCGAGGUGAAACGUGGAAGCAUGAACAGGGAUCAGCUAAGAUGUUUGAACAUCUGGUUAAUUCUAAUGAACUCGGACCUAUCAUGAAAAACUAUGGGCUCAACCCUGAAGAAGAUAUUGUCUUCAUUAAGGAACAAAUUGAGGGACCAACUUCAACUCCAAUCAAGGACUGCUCAUGGCCAUAUAAAGGACGCCCUGCCGAGAAGAGCUUCCUUUAUGAGAUAGUGUCUAACAAAAGAAAUGGCAUUGAUGUGGACAAAUGGGAUUAUUUUGCCAGGGACUGUCACCAUCUUGGAAUCCAAAACAAUUUUGAUUACAAGCGCUAUGUUAAGUUUGUCCGUGUCUGUGAGGUGGAAGAAUCUUGUGGCUGCAAGAUGAAGCACAUUUGUACCAGAGAAAAGGAGGUUGGGAAUCUGUAUGACAUGUUCCACACACGCAACUGCUUACACCGCAGAGCUUACCAACAUAAAAUCAGCAACCUCAUCGAUAUAAUGAUCACAGAGGCCUUCUGCAAAGCAGACCCCUACAUGGAGAUUCUGGGGGCCAAGGGGAAGAAGUUCAGUAUUUCUACAGCCAUUGAUGACAUGGAAGCCUUCACCAAGCUGACGGAUAACAUUUUCCUGGAAAUUUUAUACUCUACUGAUCCAAAUUUGUCUGAGGCAAGAAAUAUUUUAAGGAACAUCGAAUGCCGUAAUCUAUACAAGUAUUUGGGUGAGACCCAGCCAAACGGUCAAGACAAGAUUACAGGGGAAGAAUAUGAUCAGCUUCCCCGAGACAUUGUUAACACCAAACCUGAUGUGCCCCUGUAUGCCCAACUGAAGGCUGAAGAUUUCAUAGUGGAUGUUAUCAACAUGGAUUAUGGGAUGAAAGACAAGAAUCCAAUUGACCAUGUUCACUUCUAUUGUAAAAAUAACACGAAGCACGCAGUCAAGAUCUCUAAAGAUCAGGUGUCAAAGCUUCUGCCACAGAAAUUCACAGAUCAGCUCAUUCGAGUGUACUGUAAGAAGAAAGACAAGAAGAGCCUGCAUGCUGCUAGGCAACAUUUCACUCAAUGGUGUGCAGACAGAAACUUCACCAAGCCACAGGAUGGUGACAUCACAGCCCCACUUAUAACACCUCUGAAAUGGCAAAAAGAAGCUACAGGUCACUGCCAAGAAGCAUCCAAAGUCAAAACAUGCCUAAAAUUUUAAGUGAAUGCUUGCAAUUGGUCCUUUAUGAAACCCCUCUUCACAAUUAAGUUAGGAAGUAUAAUCAGAGUCCACUAGUGAUUUUUAUUUAGUAUUUUGAAUGUACACACAUGAUGAAGGGUAAGUCAUUUUUAUUCAGAACGAAAAAUGGUAAUAGUAGCAAAAGUUUGCUAUGCUUACUGUGGAGUUCAAAUGAGAAUGACCCUAUAAACUCCUAUAAUUGAAUGCUUAGUCACCAGGGAGUGACACUGUUUGAAAGGAUUACAAGGAUCAGGAGGUAUGGCCUUAUUGGAGGCAGUGUGUCACUGGGGGUGGCCUUUAAUGUUUCAAAAGCCCUUGCCAGGUCCAGUCUCUCUUUCUCUGUUUGUGGGUCAGUAGCGCUCAGCUACUGCUCCAGCACCAUGCUCCCCACUGUGAUGAUGGUGGACUAAGCCUCUAAAGCUGUAAGCAAGCCCCCAAUUAACUGCUUUCUUUCACAAGUGUUGCCUUGGCCAUGGCAUCUCUUGACAGCAAUAGAACAGUGACUAAGACACAUGCUAUGAAAAGUAUGAGCUUCUGCAUUUUUAACAUUAAUUGAAGCCUUUCUCCUUUAGCAACCUAUUUUUUCAGGAUAACUCCCAUUUCUUCUGAACUCUUGGGACAAAUGAUUCUCUUUUGUUUUUAAUUUAGAAGUUGAGACAAGGGCACAAAUUGAAAUUCAAAGUUGAAAUUGUCACACACCACAUGGUUAAAAAAUAAAAAUCCUAGCCCCCCUGAAAAGGUGCCCCUCACCCUGCUUCUCCCAGGAGAGAAAGCCACCAACCCCCUCUAUCCCUGUUAAGUGCCAGGCUGGGGGAAAAUCAGGGGGCAGCUCUUUGUUGAGAGGAAUUGAGGUGUGCCAGGCAAGUCUUCUACCACUGUCCUGCAGCUCCACCCCUGUCUCCUAGUGUAACCCUCCUGCCCCUGCUGUAGGAGGUGCUAGGGUCAAAGGGUACCUCACACCAGGCUGUCUCUGAAUCUGCUGUGGCUGUAGCCCCAGACAAGCUCAGCUUCUUUGCACCUGAAACCAUUCCAGUUCCAAGGGACAUACUGCUGCCAUCCUGGGGACAGACCUUCUUCUGCCUCUUCGGAGUUGGACUGGUCAACUGUUCAGAGAACACCACAGACCCCAUCCUGACUACUCACACCUGGGAUUUCACCACCAAUACUUCAUUGCGUUUACAAGUUUCAGAAUAUUCUGGACUGUGUUUGUGAACGUCGUGGCCACCCUGUGGGUCCCAGGUUCCCCCAUGUAGCCUGCUGCUCCUAGCAGAACAGAAUGAUGAUGGUUGAGCAGUCACCCAUGCUGCUCCCCUCAGCCGCGCUGUGCACAGCUUCACCCAGAACCAAGUCUAGUUGGAGCCAAAGGGGGUAGAAGUGCUGGAGACAUGGGCCGCAGGGAUAGAGAGCAGCAGCUGCAGAUGACAUCUUAGUGACGACGCUCCCCUAAUUCAGGUGGCAGCCCUGGAAGUGAGCAGCUUGAGUAUACAUACCUACAGGUUGCCUGUGUGUGCCACCUCUCCCUCUGGGUAGCCAGGUUCGAUUUUGUCUACUUGUGGGUAAAAGAGUACUUGGUGUGUCUGCCUCUAUGGGUUCAUAAACGCACAAGGGAGGUGCUAGCUUGCCCCUGCAAGCCACGUGCCUCUAUAACAUUCAGGGAGAUGGCCAGGGGUCACACCUUCAUACGCCCAACCUCAAUGUCAAGAAUGAUCUAUUUUUCUGCUACUAUUGGUUUAUUUUUGCUAGUCUUAUUUUUAAAUCCUUGUGGUUUAUUCUGGAAUUUUGUAGUCCUAAUUUUGUACCGUGGUAUCCUGGAAACAUCUCUGACCCCUUUUAUGCACAAGACAGCUAUAUUGUAUGCCUUUGAAGCUUUUUUCAUUGUGAGUACCUGUAUUGUUUACAAAACUGCAUAAAAAUGGAGAUUUUAACAGA